AUGGAUGCCUCGAAAGCCGAACACCAUCCCUGGUUCUAUAGUCACACGGAGAAGUACCUCCCAACCUCGAAACCAACGGCGCCUCGAAUGAUUCAAAGAUAUCAGCCGAUAAAGACUCCUCGGACAUUGUAUCCUACACACGGUGUCUCGAUUAUACCAUCUUUAGACAAUCUUUCGGCGUGCCAAAACUUGUUCGCAAAUAGCACCAACUUCGCUUGUAGCAGCACUUGUGAUGUCUUUGAAGUUGACGAGGAUGGAAGAGGGACCUGGAACUAUUGCUUGGGAGACGAGAAGCUAGUGGCGUAUUUGAAGGUAUGCCACUACAUCUAUUCCUCAUUUUUACCAUUGACACGGCUUUCUCAGUCCUUCUCGCUUGGUCAAACCCGAAUGCCUUCACAGCACUUGAAACUCAGGGCAAUAUUUUGCACCCUUCGUCGAUACCCAGGGACCAGCUUUGGAUACCAGGUAUCUUUGACAAGCCCCACUGCAGAAGAAUUGCUCACAGGACUCCGUGCUUCUCCUCAUUUUUUUUCGCUUAUGCUGGGAGAGCCUGAUUACUGGGCCCCUCUAUACAUUCCCACCAGGAGUGACAAUGGGGUGAGCCGGGCAGAAGCCAUGUGGCAGCAUCCUCGCUAUAAUAUCCAUACUAGGCAGCAGCCGUGCUCAGUCUACAUGGGGUACGACUUUUCCGAGGCAUGUACUACCUAUAUUAUCGUAAGUGGUGAAAACGAAGGAUACGUGGAAAGGACAAAGGGUAGACUUAGCGACUACUUCCACCCAGAGGGAGGGCUGUCUGCUACUGCUACUGAACAGAUCAACGACCCGUUUCUCCUACAAAGUAUCCUCUGCCACGAAUCCCUAACAGAUGGGAAGGAGAACAUGAGAAAACUCCGCCACCGACUCUAUGAUCAGCUUGACAUUGUUGGCGAAUACGCGAAGGAGCCGUUCGACAAGAGUAACCUUAAGGAAAUGACAAACCAGCUACACCUAAUAUCUCAGGACGUAGACUCCGUUCUCGCAAGCACGGAGAUGGCCGGCAUGAUAUCCCGUCACAUGGCGCAUGUCCGCCAGAGAAUGUUGGACAUAUCGCCAAAUACAUUUCGGAAAAGCAACAUUGGCGAAGCCCUGGUGUAUCUUGUAGAUUCCAUUGACGCCCAGAAGCGUUGGCUGCACAGCUUGAAAUCUAGAAAGGACAUUGCGAUGAACCUUGUUUUCAACCUGGUGACGCAGCAGGACAGUGAGACCAGUACCAGCAUUGCCCGCGACACCAAGGAUGAUAGUGCAUCGAUGAAAAUCAUUGCGGUAAUGACGAUGCUCUUCCUGCCCACAACAGCGGUUUCUGGGUUUUUCAGUAUGUCUUUCUUCACAAGCCCUGAUCCUCUGCAGGCAUCGACGACCAUUUGGCUCUUUGCAGCAGUUACGUUUCCACUGACCGUUCUUAUCAUUUUGGGCAGCAAGUGCAGUGUCUGA